ACAUCUCGAGCAAUGUAGCCCGCGGUCAUUUUUGCACGUUUCCCGGCUCCAAUAGCGUGUGGACAGUGAUCGCGGAAAAUCCGUAUUCUAUCAAAAUGUUACCUACAUUUGCAGUAAGUACACGUAUAUAUUUAUAAACAUACAAUUUUAAAACCUAUCAAGUUUAAUAUUAUAAUUUUAAAUUAUGUAUUUUAUAUUAGAAAUAUAAAAUCACUACACUUAUAAUAGAAUAUUUUGAUAAAAAAUUCGGGUUUCGUGUUUACAUUUUGAUACUGAACACGAAUUAUAUUGAAUCGCUACUGAAUAAUAUACUCGAUUUUCACAAAUAAAUGGUAUAGAGUGAUACGUUCGAUAAUAUUCAAUUUAGAAAAUAUGAAAUAAAAAACAUAAAACAACUAAAUAAUAACUAGUGUAUUACAAGUAUUUUGUAUACAAACGCUCUUUCUGUACAUAUUCGAUCAUUUUCGAAAAAAUGUUAUCCGCGUAUAACAAAAAACCUAGAAAAUACGAUUAGAAAAUGCUAGUAGUAAAAGAAUUCGGUGUAAAAUUCAGGUAUCUACGAUUAUUUCUUAUUGAAUUACAACAGAAUAUAAAACAGAAAUCAUUUUUGCAUCAAAAUUCCCGUCUUCCGACGUUUUUUGCUGGGUUUUUUUUAAGAAUUAUUUAAAAAAGCGUCAACCCUAAUGCAUUUGAUAUUAGAAAUUACCCUUGAAGUUUAUUUCUAGUAGACAAGUUGCUAACAGAUUAAAAACACAUCUUAGUAAAACCAAUUGGUAUAUUCCUUGCUCCAUUCAGAAGGUAAAUAGAUCACUUAAAUGUUUAGUUAUAGCAAAGAAGUACAAGUAAACGGAAAUAGUUUUUAUUUAAAGUACUUUUCGUUUAUUUAGGUAUCUAUCAAGUUUAACAUUUCAACUAGGUACAGUAUUAGGUAUUGGUUGUUAAUACACGAUUCAUUCCCGAAUCUGAAUGUAGAUAGGUAUAGAUGUAAAACUAUAUACAUAUGCAUAAUUUUUGAACAUUUUUAAAUAAUUUUUCUUUGAAUAAACAAAAAUAAACGAACAAAAAAGGCACGAGUUUUCUCUUAAUGUAAAAUUUAGUUAAUUCAGUUCAAUUAAGUGUAUGUUAUUAUUCCACGCCAUGUUAUAAAUAAGUCGAUAUUAUUCUGCAGAUUUACGUAAUUUUGAAUUACUUUUAACUGAUCGAAUUAUAGGACGUAAUAAAGAUUAUGUUUUUACUUUUUUUUUUUUUUUUUUGUUUCGUAUAAAUGAAGUAAAUUAAUAUAUAAAAUGAACGUAAUAAAAAUAAUAGCAAAUCCGUCAAUAGUAUUCCGUUUAAUUUGUGCUUGUCAUUUUGAUUUUUCUUAUUGAAUUUCUAAUGGACAUAAUAUAUGUAUAUAUAUACUAUUCUUUCAUUUUGUAAAAUAAUAACGAUUAUUCUUUAGUGUUAAUGCCUUAAAAUAUUCUCACGGUGCUCGAUAAUGCGUACUUUCCCCGAUUUUUAUAAUACGCCAAUUAUUCGAAUCGGCUAACAAAUUUUCCAUCUUCGGAGAUCGGUUAUCACCGUAAGUAUCUAAUUAGCGAACCAUUAAUUUCUAAGAUGCUGAAUUAUAUUUGAAUUUGACUUUGCUUGUUUAUAGUUCGUUUAUUAAUCCGUGUAAUGAACACGAUUUUAUUCUACAGUAAAAUACAAAUAUAUUGAUAAAAUAAAUACAUGUUGCUAAAUGAAAUUCGAGAUUAUUCGAAGUGUUUUCGAUAUGCUUACAAAACUAUUAGUUUUAUCGGACAUUCACGUGUGAAAGUUUAGUAGUGCACCUACUGGUUACUGCUAACGUGCGAACAGACGGCGGACGAGGGGAUGGGAAGUAUAUACUUUAAAAAGACAAAUUCCCGACGCUAAUUCUAUUUAUAUAUAUAUAUAUGUGUAUAAUUUAAGCCCCGUUAAAGUUACUUUUGUGAGUCCGUAGUGUAGUAUUUAAAACACCGUAUUUCCGGUAAAAACGUGAAAUUUCAGCAAAAAGACGUUCAAAAGUUAAAGCCCUCAAAAAUACAUUCUUGAUAUUAACGCAUAUUAUGUACAACAUGCUAUCUCCCUUUCUUCUUAUAUGGAUGUCUGCAAGAGUGUAGAAAGCUACGAAACACCCUUCACAGUGGCACAACCAGGUUUUUUUUAAAGGGGAUUGUCACAUGUCUACACUAAAAAAAACAUGUUUCUAAAUAUAUUCAUAUUACUGAAACACGGAUGCAGAGGGGUGUCCAGACACCCAAAACACUCCACUUUUGUGCCACUGACCCUUCGCAUACAACAUGGUCAAAUUCCUAUUGAAAUCCGACCUCACCUAACUUAUCACUACAAUCUGUCUAUAGAAAAAUAAAUAAAAAAUCUCUAAUUCCUGGGCUUAAGCUAUUUUGUUCCAGAGGAAGCCACUAAAAGUUUCCGAAAGUAAUAAAAAAAAGGUAUAUACAAAACAAUGGAAUAAUCAUUAUUUUCUAGGAAAAUUCGACAAAAAAAUAAGGCGUGAAGCUAUUAGCUUCGUUACUUUUGUACAAUUAAAGUCAGUUACAUGGAUAUGACUAAACCAAUCAAUUGUUUUAGGUAUGUCUUUGGGUCACAACCGCAUUUGCGUCAUGCAGCACGAAAUCUAGAGUGCACUACGUGCGGGCCUCCGAAAAGGUGCGCGGUGGUGACUCGUACUACUUUCCGGAGCGGUUUCAGUCGCGGGCUUCGUCCAUGUUCGGGCCUUCCAGUCAACAGACAGCGGCGGCUGGAUUCCCGUACCGAUUUGUAUUCCCGAUUAACCAUCCGGCACUGAGCGGAUCCAUGUACUCGCAGUACCUACAGAAUCCACAUCAGACUGAAUCGUUAUACUCGGCCGAAGAUUUUUACUCGACGCCAUUGUCUAAACAACAUCCGCUGUCCGAACACAAACAUCAUCAGCAACAGCAACAGCAACAACAUCAGCAACAACAGCAACACCAGCAGCAGCAGCAGCAGCAGCAGCAGCAGCAACUUGGCUAUGAGUCGGUUGGAAAAUUACAGUACGAAUUCCUCGGCGGUGGCGGUGGUGGAGGCGGAGGCGGAAAACACCAUAUGCAGUCCCAACAGUAUCAUCUGGUCAAACAACCGAAACACUAUCAGAGCUACGAGCUGGCGACAAAUCCGGCCACAACCGUGCACCAGUCACACUAUCCGUUAACGGCCACCACGACAGUCGCUCAGCCCAUCAUGCUGCUCAUACCGUCGUCCGGGCAGCCCGGAGCGCCGUACCAGACCCUGGUGCUGGUUCCGUCAGCCGCCCCCGCAUCUCCAACCCCCGUCUUUCCCGGGUUUCACCAGCAGAUCCAACAACUGCAGGCACCGCCGCAGUUUAUCACGCCCGGUUUCGUCACGCACCCCCGAGGCGCUCCGCUGGUCGCUGGGUUCCCGUCCGGUCUCGGAGGCAGCAGCGGUGGCGGAGGUGCCGGACUGGGCAAGUACCCCGGGGCUCAGCUCUUCCAUCGGUCACACGAGUCACACCAGCAGCAGCGUGUGCACCACCAACCGUACAAGUCGUCGUCACCAUUGUCGCCGUUGUCUUCGUUAUCGUCAUCGCCGUCUUCGUCGCCCACGUCAUACCAAGGUUCCGGGUCGGCACACGUGCCGCACACCACGGCUGUCGGAGAGGCGGUGCAACAACCGCUAGAGGACAAGGUUAGCCACGGUUCGGGUUUGUCCGGAGAAAACUCGGACGACCGUGUCGAUAAUAGCGCCGAAACGAAACGUGAAGAAAAAUCGUCCGAGUUCGGCGAGAAGACCGGUACAAAAACUCCUAAACGAAUCGUUGUCACGUAAUUUGUACAUUUUUAAUUAAUGAUUUUCACGUGAAAUUCCUCGGUGUAUUUUUUUUCUGAUACGUACACUGACUUACAUUUAAAAUUGACAUGAAUAGUUUUACUUACUGAAGUUUUAAUUUCGUUUUUCACCGUUCACCGUUAUACGUUCUGAACGAAAACAAUAACAAUACAUCGGACACUGGAAUAAAUUUCGGUACAAUUGACGAGCAAAUAAUUGAAGACUCAGACGGUUUACCAAAAUGCACGUCGAACCAUAUAGUAUUCGCCGAUUGGAAAAACGCUGAAGAACCUCAAACAUAAUAUAUAACAGCUAUAGUGUAUCUACUUAAACAAAUUAUAAUGUUAACGAAGUUUUAGUUUUUAUUGUUUAAUUAAUUAAACAAUAAAUAAUUAAUAAUUAUUUCGUACCUAUAACGCAUUCAAAUUGUAUACGUUUAUUGUUUAAUAUUAUUUAUUUGUUUAACUUUAAGAUGUAAAUAAUGUUCAGCGUAUUGAAAUAGUUACCUUAUGUUAAUUUUUAAUCGAC